CUGUUUUUGGACAGGCAACACCUAAUAUCUAACUGGUCUUAUUGUGUUUUUAAGUGGCUAGUCUCGUCCACAAAAUCUUAACGAGAAGCAUAAGUUGCAGCUUUUCCGUACCAUUGCCUAUUACCACACAACCUAAUGAAAGCAAGCUCAUUCAGCUUCGGGAUCGUUUGCACUUACUAGAGUAAAGGAACAGGCAUCAAUCAGUACGUCGGCACGCCGUACCCACGUUACUUCCCAACGCCACCACCAACUGUCACUCAACUGUCGGAUAUACCGCGAGGCCGCCCACGCCAACGCGUAUUCGAACUCUUGACCUCCGGAUUACUACGCGGCACAAGUAGAUAUAGGCCACAGGUCGGCACUUGCUAGAAAGCUACGGGAAUCCAACAAAGUUACAUUUUUGAAAGCACUCUCAAGUAUUCGGACUUGGAACUUGUGAUGUCCAUGUACCCUUUGAUGCUGAAGUACAAAUGUUGCGUUUGCAUUACUAUGCAAAUUUGUAAUCUGGGCACAAUUUGCGUUGAAAUAAUUCUAAGUCGAUGUAGUCGCAACUGAGUGUUAGGAACAUUGGUACUUUCCUCUCCAAACAUCAGGCACCAGUACUGGAAUCAUCCCCAUUUUGAGGCUCUAAGUUGGAUAAUCGAUGCGUCCAGUAUCCGAUUGAGACUGAUGUCGUAUAACAGUGCUGGAAAUUCUGGCUUCGUUGAAAGAGGUGGAUGUACUUUCACGAUUUUAGGAAGGUGGCUGAACAGAUCUGAAAGCAAAGAACUUGAGGAUUGCGUGCAUCCUGUGACGAAUCUCGCUUUCUGUUUCUUAACUUGGAUUAUUGGCUCAGCAACCAAAGUGGUAACCACCAAUCAAACUGUUGGCAUUACCUAAAAGCACCGGUGCAAAUGCCAGCUGAUUUGGGGCCAGCCGAAACAAGUCCAAAUCGAUAGCUAAGCGGUCAACAGGCGAAGGCAGUUUUUGCGUUUGCUUUCAAGCACGUGGUAAACCGUGUUUACCAUUCCAGGAGUUUGGAAAACAACUCUUGACAAUCGGCGCUAACAGUACGAUCCCUUGUGCUCAAUUCCGAAAAGCGUGCCAUGCACCAAUUAAUCACCUUACGUUGGUAGAAGUGCCCGGCACUGCUUUGCAUUUUCCUUAAAUGAAGUACUGUAUGGUUUGCGUACUAUACUGCGUCCUCUCCGACUUGAGUGCCAUUGCAUAAUACAGUUCAUAUGGUAAGUAACUACAAGAAUAUUUGAUUUUAAGUCUCAAUUCUCUAUUAACAGUUGAACUUGAGUUUCUCAAGUAAAGUAAAAUCGUGAGUUCGGACUGGUUCACGCAGAUAACGACUUGAACACUUGUGUACUCCAGAGAAAAGCAGUAGGAUCACAGUGAAAAGCAAACGUGUGGCAGGAGUUUUGUGAUGAUUGUACAUACAAUGCUUUACAGUUGAAUAUUGUUACGCUUUUUCGCCCAUUGACUUAGCAUACAUACCCGCGAAAUUUGAAUUCCAA